CAGCCAGUGUUAGCCAGUGUUCGGUCGACACUCAGAGCGGUGUGUACCAUCGCUCAGAACGACUAUUAAAAAAUAAUUAAGAAAAAAUAAUCGCGUCGGUUUUUGUACAUCAUCUGUGCUCUAUUAAUUUUUUACUGAAAAUUUAAUACAAAAGUGAAGAAACAUUUUCUUCUACUUUCCUCGUUUAACUGGAUUUUAUAUCGUUGAAACAGCAAUGGCAACAUCCGUCCUUCAGCCUGAAGAUUGUCGUCGUGAGCACGAGCCCAAACCUGACAUCGAUUCCCCAAGGCUGACAGAAGAUGAACGCAUAUAUAUCCUGGAAAGCAAGGAGAGGGAGACUGGGGAACUUCCACCAGAAUUGAGGGAAAAAGCCAGGAUCGAGCUGCGGGAGGAACCAGCGCUUCGAGAACAUGCGUUGGCGCAAAUGAGACACUUCAUUGAUAAACAUCCAGCUAUCAGGAAAUGCCGAACUGAUGCACCUUUCCUUCUGCGAUUCUUACGAACAAAGAAGUAUUCAAUACCACAAGCUUGUUCUAUGCUGGAGCGGUAUCUAACGAUCCGUCAAAUGUAUCCAAAUUGGUUCCAAAAGCUCGACCCCUUGGACCCUAAGGUUGCAGCAGUUAUUGACGCAGGGUACUUGGUACCUCUGCCUAAAAGAGACGCUGAGGGAAGAAGAGUCGUACUGUCAUGUAUGGGUCGUUUCGACCCGCACUUGUACGACAGCUGUGUGAUGGCACGCGUGCAUUCAAUGAUCGUGGAACUACUCCUGGACGAGCCGCGCUCGCAGUUGCUCGGCUACAUGCAUGUAAACGACGAGGCCGGCAUGCAGAUGCCGCACGUCAGCCUCUGGUCGCUAACUGACGUCCGCAUCAUGCUCAAUUGUAUACAAAAUUCUACUCCAAUGCGUCACAAAUGCACACAUUUUGUGAACAUCCCACAUUACGGAGUAAGAUUUUUCGAAUUCGCUGUGUCCUUGCUGAGUGACAAAUUGAAGGAUCGUGUUAUGUUCCAUCGUACAUCAGAAGAUUUAACAAAACACGUGGAUCCAUCAAUCUUGCCCAAAGAAUACGGCGGUACCGUGCCUUUGAGAGACAUGGUAGAAGAACUCAAGAAGAAUCUCCUUAAGCGUAGAGAAGAAUUGCUUGCUUUGGACGAAAUGUGCGUCGAUUUGUACGCUUUGGAGAAGAAUGAUCUGACCCAAGACAUACAUUCGACCGCUGGAUCGUUCCGGAAAUUGGAACUUGAUUAAAAUAUGUUUUUUUUUAUUUGUAAGGGUGUUAUGAAAAAUUUGUAACACAUAACAGAGCAGAUGUGAUUUUUUAUAUGUUCUAAGUUUUGUUUUUUUAAUGAAAAAAAAAUACAGAUUUGAUACAUUUGUAAAACUAUAGAAUAUUCUAGAAA